AUGUUUAUUCAUUUGCCAGGCCUUUCUCCAUUAUUUGUAUCUUGUGCACCUCAAAAGCCGCAGAUUGGUGCUGGAGCACAGUCGAGUCAAAGCAGUCAAGUUGAGACUGUAUCUUUGGGAAAUGAGGAGUUAAAUGAGUCGGGUUCUACCAGUUCAGGUGCUACUGAUUUUAAUAAUAUCAGCAAUGGCGUGGAGAAAGGUGCUUCCAAAUGGCAGUUAAAAAGAAAGAGGAACUCUAGACACACAAGUAAAAGCAAAAAACAAGUUUUAAGAAAAGAUAUGGAUGUGGAUGAGGAAUCUGACUUGACCGGUAUGGAGCCACGGGAUGUCUUCUCUCUUGGUUCCGGUCGGAAAGAUGAUUGCAAUCCCAUUGGGGGAUCCGUCACUUCAGACAGCUGCACCUACCGACCACACUCCAGACCAGUUCCUGGGACCCAAAUAGAUGAGUUUCAAGGUUGGGGCACACAAUUUUCUCAUAAGGAAGCCCGUAUGAGGGUGCCUACAGCUGAAGUGCUAACUCCCCAAAGGUCACUGCCAUACCGUCAGUCGCGCUUUACAGUCAACCCAAGAUAUGAAAUAUCAGAUUUUCCUCUCAGAAAUUGCAAUGCUGAUUCGCCCUUGUAUGAUGUUAAUCUGGAGGUGAAAGCCAGCUAUCGUCCUCAGCAUGUUCCUUAUAUUUCUCUCAUGAGCAAAUUGAACGGUCAACCCAUUACAGGCCACCCUCUUACAAUUGAGGUUUUGGAAGAUGGCUAUUGUGAUCUUAUAUUGAGUGUUUCUGAAAGCUAUAGUAGCAUCUCUGAGUUAGAUGACGGUGUGGGUGAAAAUACAUUGGCUUUGCAAGGUGUUGAUAUGGCUAAUGUAAGGAGGCCAAAUUCAGAUGGAAGAAUUCCUACUAAGCAUAUUGCAUUGCAGUCACACGUUUCACCGAGAAAAUCACCCAAGUCAAGGAAAAAUGGGUUCUUGUCUAAAAAGAUCCGGAAAUUGUCUUCAUUAACUGGUUCUCACAAGCUAUGUGUAGGAGAGAAGAAGCCAGUGGUAGAGAAGCUCAAGGGUCCUGCUGUAGCUUGUGUCCCCAUUAAAGUAGUUUUUAGCAGGAUAAAUGCCACACUGAGCAGCACGAUGCGGCCUGCCCACCGUGUGAUGACUCCAAGCAAGGUGUAAAAUUUGUUUCUUGGAUACAACAGUCGAGGUUGUGGGAUUUUUUUUUUUUUUUAGGAAUUUUGAUUCAAAUAGCCAGCCUAGCCUAGGUUUUCAUCAUUCACAUUAUAAAUUUUGUUUGAUUUCUAGUGCUGUACAUUCUGCCCUAAUAGUAGAAUCCAUACUCGUAUAAUAAUGCCCAUCACAUUUUAGUGUGUAGUUGCUGGUAGAAGUACAAUGAAAGUACUACCCAUGUAGGCUUCUCCUCUCUCUCUGGCUGUGUAUAUAAUGUAACAUUAGGUGAGGUGUAAAGAUGGUGAUCUGAUAUACUGGAUUCUUGUUGGUUUAGGGGGGGCUAAUUUUUAAAGAGUAAUGCUGGUGUCAACAUAAGUCGCAGCUCUCAUUUUCU